AUGGGUAUAGUUCACAAGCUCAUCACAUCUGUCUCUGGGUUGUAUAACAACAUCAACCCAAUCACAUUAAGUGGUGUUAACGAUGUGAUUGUUGUUGAAGGGGCGGACGGAUGCCUGAAAUGCACUGAAUUUCAGUUGAGGUUUGGAAGGCUUUACUUCUAUGGGGCAAACAGCCAGGUUGUGCAUCUUUUUGUCAAUGGGAAGAUGUGCGAUAUAACAAUGUCGAUAACAAAUCAGGGAGACCUGUGCUUUGAAAAAGGUACUGAGGAGGAGGCAGUGGCAGAUUACGAUGUUGUACUUGAUUAUAACAACAAGCUAAUGAUGUUAUUUGACUCUGAUGACGAGCUAAUUCUGAACAAAAGGCUUGAGAAUCUUUCACUUGGAAAGCAAUCAGACGCAUACACUAUGAACUUCGAUGUGAUGCUGCAGUGCAAAGAAAACAGUUUGAAGAUUGAGGAUGCAGAGUUUAAGCAAUAUCUAAAGAGGGAAAGGAUCAAAAACUUGAAGACUCGGAUGCAUGGAAGAAUGCUGCGCAACGAGGAAGAUGACUCAUACAUUGGCUUUAAAAACAAAUAUGUGAAGUUUGGAUACUUGAUAAACUCUGCAGAGCAUUUUGAGUUUUUGAUAGGACGGUACCGAUCAGUUCUGCAUAUUUUUACUGGCUUGUAUCUUUAUCCUCCAUCUAACAACAAAAUUUGUGACAAGAAGUGUAAAGGAUGCACGGGCGCGAGCGUGUCUUUUUCAUUGUGCUCCAACAAGAAGAUCCAGAAUUCAUUGGACUUUACAUUCGGUAUUUUUCUUGUUGACGAGGUGUCUAAUACAGCAAAUCUUGUUGCAAGGAUCCAAGGAUGCAAGAAGUGCAACUUCAGGUUUUACCUGCCAUAUGACAUUUUCUGCAAGAUGUUUUUUGAGAUCCGAGGGCUGAAGAUCAACAAAGCAAAAAGGAUGAUGAAGAUACUAGAGAACGAACACAACAGAGUGCUUGGAUGGAAUAUAUUUGGAACCAAGAAGAUAAUAAAGAGAGACGUAUCCUUUUCAUUGAAGCUUGACUCUGCAGAGCUCCGAAUGCUAAAUCUCAAUGAGGGGAGAAAUCAGGUGGUUUUCAAGAUAGGAGGACUUGACAAGCAGUUGGAGGGAAAUAUAUACCUGUGGAGGAGUGAUUCGAAGAUAAUAGUUUCUGAUAUUGAUGGAACAAUAACGAAGAGUGAUGUGUGGGGGCAUGUGUAUGGAAUGAUGGGAAAGGAUUGGACACACAACGGAGUUGCAUCGCUAUACACAAAGAUAGUGAAGAAUGGAUAUAAAAUAGUUUAUCUGACGGCACGCCCCCUUGAGCAGUCGUCAUCUACAAAGUCAUACCUCAAGAGCAUAUGCCAGGAUGGAUGCAGGCUACCUGAUGGGCCAGUGAUUCUAUCGCCCGAUGGUGUAUUUGCCGCUCUUUACCGUGAGCUGAUUAUAAGAAGGCCUGAAGAUUUCAAGAUUGCAUGCCUGAAAACAAUCAGAAACCUUUUCAAGGGCACGAAUCCUUUUGUUGCAGGGUUUGGGAAUAAAAUUACGGAUGUCAUUACGUACAAGGCGCUUGAGAUUCCUCUUUCAAGGAUUUUUACAAUCAAUCAUAAGGGAGAGCUGCAUGUUGAGCUUGUGAAGACGCUGUCUGGGACAUACCGUACGAUGAAUGACUUUGUGGACAGCAUGUUCCCGUAUUUAUCUAGCAAGACCAUUCCAUUCAUAGACCAUACAUUCAGCGACUUUUCAUGGUGGAAGCCACAGUAA